AUGCCUCGUACCUCCUCCGAAAGCCGCCCUGUGCAGUUCCCUGCGGCCUUUGGCUCGGCCGCCGGCGUGGCUCUGGUGACUCAGCGGACAGACUCGCUCCUUGCCUUCCAUGCUGCGGUCCUGGACUACGCUUGCGUGCUGAUGGAGACAGAGGCAGCAUAUGCUACCGGCCUGGCAUCUCUCAAGGGUGUGCCUGUACCCGACGAGCUGCAUCUCUCCCGCGUGGCCAAUGCCUGGUCUGUCUUUGAGCGGGCCAUGGAGCUCGGCGCCAGCCAGGUCACCGAUCUGUGGGACCGGCUCGCCACCACCUUUGACAUGCUGCGCAUGGCGGCCGACGAUCAGGAGCAUCGCCUGUAUGCUCGAAAAAUGCGUCUUAUUCGUGCCGCCCGCUCGGUUCGCGCAGGCGCUGACGAGGCCAUCCUCGCCGCCCCGCUCUCGGCGUAUCUCUCGGGCGCACAGGUUGUGUAUCACGACUGCCUCGCCCGCAUCGCCGCCAUGCUCCGCCUUAUGCACGAGCACUACUCGACACCGGCCAAGGUGUGGAAGCUGAUGAACGAGCAUCUCGCCGCUGUUGCACCCGACGCCUCCGUCGAUGCCUUUGCCGACAAGCACGCAUCGCAGCCCGAGCCACUGCACGUUGUCGCCCGCUCGCCUGCGCUCGCCUCUGAGGCUGCUCUUACCGAGCUUGUCGAGUGGGACGGCGGCGAGGGACCAGCCGCGUACGACGACGAGUCGUCGGCCGCCAUGCGCUACGCCGAAGUCGCCCGCGACGUCAACCGGGUCAUGGGCACCGACGCUCUUGCGCUUCCGUCUGCCGCACUGGCCGCCGACGCACCAGGUGACUCGAGCCUGCCGGCAUCAUCGCGGGAGGCUGCUAAAGCCAAGACGAAGGCCAAGACGAAGGCGAAGGCCAAGGCCAAGGGUCACGCCGCCGAUGGCCGCGCUUCGACCCACGGCACGGAUGACUUUGAUCUCCCGCCCGGAUGGACCGCCCACUACGACCGCGAGUACAAGCGGCACUACUUUUACAACGCACUCCGCGACGAAGCCACCUGGGUCAUUCCCGAAAUCGAGGGCCCGGCCGACGCAGCCGUCGACGGCCGCAAAGUCAAGCGGUGCAAGACAAGGGUCCGCAAGAAGCGCCGCCGGCAGUCGGGCGACGCGACCGGCAGCAGCGAUAGCAGCGGCAGCGAGUCGGGCGACUCGAGCUCGUCGUCCGGCAAAGUCGAUGCAAGCAAGUACGAUGUUGACCUCGACGCCUUUGUCACCGACAUCUGGGGAUCCAAGAUCGCGCUCGAUAAGAGCGACAUUGCGGCACUGGCCUACUAG